AUCCCACAAUGCACUGCGUCGCUUAGCUAGAAGGUGACAGGGGACGGCGAAAAAUGGCCUCUGCCUUUCUAACUCACCAACAGAAAGUGUUGCGGCUUUACAAGAAGUCGCUAAGACACCUGGAGUCGUGGUGUGUGUUUAGAGACAAAUACCGAUUUUACGCGUGCUUGCUGCGGGCGCGCUUUGACGAGAACAAGAAUGAGAAGGACAUGGUGAAGGCCACUUUGAUGCUGAAGGCCGGAGAGGAGGAGUUUUGGACCAACCAACACCCUCAGCCCUACAUCUUCCCCGACUCUCCGGGAGGAACCUCUUAUGAGCGAUACGAGUGCUACAAGGUCCCUGACUGGGUGCUGGAUUACUGGCAUCCCUCGGAGAAGACCAUGUACCCGGACUAUUUCUCCAAGAGGGAGCAGUGGAAGAAGCUGAGGAUGCAGAGCUGGGACAGAGAGGUUGCUCAGCUGGAGGCCGAGACUCUACCUGGAGGCCCCAGGACAGAAGCCCUUCCUCCCGCCCGCAAAGAGGGCGACCUCCCCCCCCUGUGGUGGCAGGAUGUCACCCGCCCCAGGGAGCGCCCCACUUAAACUCCUCGACUCUCCGGGGGUCCGAACCCUGCAGUCUGACUGAAAACUGUCCUGCCCGCAGUGCUGUCUGUGCGUCAGGAGCUUUUUCCACCGGCGCCGGCCGUGCAGAUGGAAACCAACAACUGGAACUGAGUGAAACUUCAGGAAACGGAGUGACUGCAGGAGUUUGACGUUCCACAGAUGUUCUAAAGGAAACCGUUCAAUAAACCCGUGUGAUCAGUG